ACUGACAAGAAGUAAAUACUAUUAGUUAUUGAAUUCUGAUGUAGUUACACGAUUCCAGUGUAAUAAAAUGAACAGUUUUGAGUAAUUUCCUUUGAGGGUUUUAGGAAUGUUAUCAAGCAGUUUCUGGUUGGGAAAUAUUGGCUGCAAGUACUUGAAUGCCAGCCUGUGUAUGUCACCAGACUCAGCCUCUGCUGGUUUAAUGUUUAAUCUCUGCUCGGGCUUCCUGCUACAGCGCCUCUCAGACUCGCUUUUAUCAGAGUUGUUUAUACUAUGUGAAGCCAUUUUAGCACAGCCAUACUCGCUAACAGCGAACCAGUCUAUUCUUACAGCAAGCUACAGCAAAAUGACGGACCUCAGCAGACCAUAUUCGGAUAACAUCUCAUCCUCACAAAGUGAAAAUUUCAACAGAGCAUAUUCAGAGAAGGAUCCUUCAGAAAUUCACAAUGAUGACAAUUCUGAGGACUUUAGCUAUUCCCCUGAUGAACACAGCUGUUCAGCCAAGCAGAAGGACAACAAGGAAGCCGAGAAGAUGAAAAAAAGUGCCUUUCUUAGAUCUUGGACUGGCCUGUUUAAGAAAUGGAAGAAAACCGAUUCUGAAUCUCAUUCCACAUCCUCAGGGGAACUUAAAAUACUACCCAACGGCACAAGAUGUAGUCCGCCUGUUUCUCCAUUGCUGGACAGAAAACAUUGGUAUGGGCUUACUGGUGACCUCAAGUAUGACACUCUUGAAUCCGAACUGACCAGUAUCCAUCCGGCAGAAUACUAUGCUGAGAAGUUAGAGGUAUACCAGUUAAAAUACUCUUACCUGAAGUCUUGGCCCGGGCUUUUAAGACUACUUGCUGGCCUUCAACUUGUGUUUGGUGGGAUGGUUUUCGCCUGUGUAUGUGCAUAUAUUCAAAGAGACAGUGAGUGGUCCAACUAUUACAGACCAAAUUAUGGUGCACAAGGUUACCGUUACAGUGGCCCCCUGACAGCCUUUGUGUUGGUCAUUGUUGGACUCUCAUGGAUACUGACUGUUAUUCUGCUGGGUUUGGGAUUUACAAUGUAUUACAGAACGAUCCUGCUGGAUUCCAAAUGGUGGCCUCUUACUGAGGCUGUUACGAAUCUAGUCCUUUCGCUGCUGUACAUGGCAGUGGGUAUCGUCUAUGUGAAUGAUCUGAAUCGUGGUGGGCUUUGCUUCAUGACAGUCGGCAUCAACCCAAUCGUGUCUAAUCUGUGUCGUGUCGAGGGGGGUCAGAUGGCUGGGACUGCAUUUAUAUUCAUUAACAUGGUCAUGUACUUGAUAAGCUUCCUGGUGUGCCUUAAAAUGUGGAAGCAUGAAGCUGCCCGCCAUCACAGGGAGGCCAUGACAAGCCAGUUGAGAAGCCCGUUACAGCAGCCUACUCUGAAAUCCACAUCCAAUACAGGCAGCUCCUCGACUAGAUCCAAGAAAAUUUCAUUCAAAGAUGAAAUGGAUCAAAGCACUGUGAAUGAGAUCAUGCUGCCUUAUGUCUCAGAGAGAGCUGAACAACGAAAGAUUUUAACUGGAGCUAUUCCAAUAGGACACAUUCCUAAACCCAGAGUCGUCGCUGAUUAUAUAAUAAAAUAUCCUGAAAUUCAUUCUGUAGAAGACAGAGAGCAAUACAAAGCAGUCUUUAAUGACCAAUACCUGGAGUACAAGGAACUGCACAGGGAGAUCACAGCCACUUUAAUAAAGUUUCAGGAAUUAGACAGCAUGAUGAGCCAACUCAUCAAUAACAGGAGAAGCCCUGAGGAUAGCAAGAGAAUCAUGGACUUAGUGAAAACAUAUGAUCAAAAAAAGAAUGAUCAACACUUUCUGGAGAAGAAGGAACGGUGUGAAUAUCUAAAAGCAAAACUAAGCCACAUAAAGAUGAGGAUUCAUGAUUUUGAUAGAAAUUUCACUAUGAAGGACAGCAAUUACAUCAUGAAUGAAACACAGGAGUAUGACAGUCCACCUCAGUACAGUCCACACUACAUUGCCCCAUCAAAUAUGUACACAUCUAGAAGUUUCUACUCUCAAAGAAGCGAGUAUGGCUUAUACUCUUCGGUGCCUGAUGCUCCUCAAACGGAGGGAAACCCUCAGCACUUCUACAGAUGGUUCUCACCACCUGGCAUCGUGAAAACUAUGGAGGGACUGACUGCUCUGCUCUGUUUUGUUAUUUUCGCCUGCGUUGCUUCCACUCUAGUUUGGGAUAUGCAGGGCUACGAGGGCAGAUCGGGGCCUAUGUCUCUAUAUCUGGGCUACUAUAUGAUGUCUUCUUACUACUAAGGAACAAACUACCUCUAUCAGAGCUCUUAUAUGACACCCUACUCAGCAAAGUCAGCCAUGAUCUCCAUGGCAGCUCUUAAUUUCGUAGUAUCCUUAGCCAUCCUAGUGGUUAGUUUCUCAAAGACUUGGUGUGUGCAUGGAAAAACGUUUUACCUGACAGUUUUUGUGGUGGAUGUGGUUCUGGCAAUUCUUCAGUGUAUUAUAGACAUCAUAUUCGUCAUUGGGGUGAAUCCCAUGGCCCAGAGUUCACAAAGCAUCAUGUACAACCCCAUCCUGAUGAUGUGUCAGACCUCAUUAGGGACUCCCAGCAUCAGCGCCGGAGCCGGCACAGGCUUCCCAGGUGCAUAUCCGUCCUUUAAUCGAUAUCUUCAUCACUACUGCUUCAUGGAUCCUGAGGAGGCUGUGGCUCUGGUAUGUGGGCUGUUUGUCAUGAUUGCUCUGGUUGUUGCAGCCUAUUUUGCCUAUAAGACUCGAAGCAAAAUAUGGCGUCAUGGCAAACCUAAUAUCUACUGGGAGGAACCACCUAUCCUCAGAACAAACAGGAGCCAGAAUUCACAAAACUGGCGAAGCACUCAAUACACCCCCACUGUGGUUUUAUCAGAGAAGGCUUCCCCUCAUGUGAAAGCAGAGAACAGCGUCACCUCAUACACUGAGGGAACAGUGAGCAUCUACAGCGAGGGAGCAUACAAAAGCAACGUGUAUUCUGAGAAUGUGAACAGUUGCUCCCCAGAGCCAUUGUACCAGAAUCGGUGGAUGUGCUUUAACCCUGUGGAGGAAGUUGAAGUGCAGAGCAGCUCAGUGCAAGAGAAACCUGUAACGUACGAGACUGAGGAUGUGCUUUGUGCGACAGGGUACACCACUGCUGGAGAUUCGGCCAAUGAAUUAGACACGAAUGAGUUGGAGGAUUCUUAUUCAGAAAUUACAACCGAUGAACAGCGCAGACAGUACAAGAAACAGUUUGAUAUCUGCCUCGCUGAAUAUAAGAACAUCCGUGUAGAAAUGGAUGAUAUCAGUGAUCAAAUGAAUGAACUGAGCCGAGAGUUGGACACCCUCCGUGAGGAAUCCACCAAGUUCCAGGCUGUAGCUGAUGAAUAUAAUCGACUCAAGGAUCUGAAGCGGUCUCCAGAAUACCAGGCUAAGAAGCUCCGGUGUAAAAAACUGAGGCAGGAGCUGUGUCAUAUCAAGCAACUGGUGAAAAAUUACGACAGAUGCUUUGCAAGGAGAGAGAAGACUAAUAUUGCUGAUCAUCAGGAUUUCUUUGUCUAAAACUGUACACGUGUAUGCAUUCACUGUAUACGUCACUAUAUGUACAGACAUUUACAUGCUGUGCUGAGUGAGUUGCGUCUGUAAAGUUGCAGUUGUAAAUAUUUUUGAUUUUCCUGUAAAAUUAUCUCUUUACUAUUUGUGUAUAUGUAUAUAUAUA